AUGGGUGGCAAGCUUGCGUUGCUGGGCGUGCUGUACCUGGUGCAGGGCUUGCCCCACGGGCUCCAAGCCGGGCUCCUGCCGCUGCUGCUCCGCUCCCACGGUAUCUCGCUGACCCGCGUGGGUCUGACACGCGCCCUGCACGCACCCUGGUUGCUCAAGGUGGUCUGGGCCCCGCUAGUGGACCGGCGCGGCUCCCAGCGGGCCUGGCUGGCUCUGAGCACCGGGGUGCUGGGGCUCCUGUGCUCGCUCCUGGCGGCUCUGCCCCCGGUUUCGGGGCCCGCCUCCAAUGGGAUGCCUGCAGGGGCAGCCGUGCUGCUGCUACUGCUGAAUGCUGGGGCAGCAAUGCAGGACGUGGCCUUGGACGGACUGGCCGUGCGAUUACUGGCCCCCGCCGAACUGGGCCCGGGCAACACUGUCCAAGUGGUGGCCUACAAGCUAGGAGCGGCCCUCGCUGGUGGGGGGCUCCUGGCGAUUGCUCCCGACCUCACGUGGGGACCCCUCUUUCUUGGGCUUACUGCAGCCUACGUGCUGGCUGCUGCUGUAGCCUGGUGGGCCCCUGCUCUGCAGCUCCCACCCCUCCAGGCCCAAGAGAGCCAUUGCCUCCCUUCCCGAGGGUUCCGAGCCCUCCUGGCUGUGCCCGGGACCCCUUGGACUGCUGGCUUUGUCCUUCUUUAUAAGUUGGGUGAGCAGGGUGCCAUCAGCAUGUUCCCUCUCUUUCUGCUGGACCAGGGGGUGUCAGCUGCAGAAGUGGGACUGUGGAACGGCAUGGUGGCCGUGGGCUUCUCUAUUGCUGGCUCUUCCCUGGGUGGUGUCCUUCUUGCCAGGCACAGGCAGCCUCUGCCUCUCCUGAAACCUCUUCUCCGCCUGCGUAUCGGGGCCCUAGCCUUCCAGAUGGCUCUGCUCUUCUGCUUCCCUAGCUCCAGCCUGGGGAGCCUUUUAAAAGGAGCUGCUCUGGUGAGCCUCGGACCCCAGCACUUUCUGAGUGGCACUGUGACUACUCUCACCUUUGCUCUCAUGAUGCACUGCAGCCAGCAAGCACACAGCACAAUCCAGAAAGCAGGAGGUGGGCAUCUGAUCAGCCAGCACUCUUCCUCACUGAGGAUGGCAGCAACUAUCUGAUGGGAAUGAUGGGAUGAGACCCUUUCAGAUUCACUUCCAGGCAAGAAUCUCUCUUGUGGCUAGGCGGAGGAGGCUGGGGAAGCUCACGUGCAGGUAUUUCCGCCAGAAUCGACGGUCCUUUCCAUAAACCUCUGCUGGGUAACAGGGGCUUCCUGUGGGCAUGAGAUAGGGAUACAGUGGCAUGAGACCCAGGACUGAAGAGCUUAGCACCCUACUACACUGGGACUGGAAAUGCUGAUGCCAGCAGUGGGCCCAGAGAAAGUGGGAAUUCCUCUCAGGGGAGUUGGGUGCUGAGAAUAAUCCCAGGGAUGUUCAGUUGAGUCCUAGUGAUGGGGAAUAAUAAGGCAGCAAAAAAGCAGGAGGCCCAUCUCUCACCAAUGCCAUGAAAGAUCCUGGCAAGAGCUCUGCCUGAGAACUUCUCCUCCUGCCGGAUGGAUAGCAAAUGGCGGAUGUCAGAACAGAUUGAACUCUCCCAGUCUUGGAGCUGUGUGAACAUAAGGGUAAAUAGUGGAGGAGUUGGACCAGGCCAACCAGACUGUACUAGCCAGCCAGAAGAUUCAGGACUCUAGGCAAAUGGGUCAGGCCAAGUCAAGUUCUCUAUUAAAGAUGAUGCUUAAUCCAUAAUCCUCCCCAACACCCCUCAGUUUGCAGCAGGGCUGAAGAUCAAGCAGAUAAUGGAGAGAAUCUUAAAGAGCAAUCUCUAGCUUAAUAAUAAUGAAUGUCCCCCCCCACCCCCCCAGUUUACCCAAAUUCAUUCUCAGUAGGCCUCUGGUCAGACAGGUCUCAUGGUCACCUCCCACUGACAAACCAGUCUUUUUCUUGUCUCUGCACCUGUGAAGUCUACCUUCUGAGAUUCUCUAACCAUGGCACACAUUUCAAAUGUAUGAAAUGGGUAAGUAAUGUCUCUCACUGAGGGGACGGUCUAUGGUUCUCCCUUGUCUGUCUCCCACAGUGCAUCCAAGCCUAGGUUCUUUUCUAAGGGAGGGACUGUGACUUUGGAGACUAGUGAUACUUACUCUGGCCUGACCAAAGUCAUGGUUCUGCUCACUCUCUUCUCUGAAUUGGUCUUCAAAAAGUGCUGCUGUCCCCUCCUCAAAGUAACGGGUAAGCAGGGCCUUCAGUUGGUCACUCCUUUCUUCAUCUACAUGUUCCAUGCAGGGCCCACAGUUGGGGAAAGCCACCCUAAGAAGCAGGGCAGGGCACAUGAUAAAAUAACUCAGCCAAAGGGACUUCAAAUGAUGUCUGCCAGUAUGUGCUGGGUGGUUCUGCCUUCCAACCUCUAGGGCCUAUGAAUUUUAAAACUAUUCCACCCUAAUCAGACCAUUCUUUAGAAGAUCUGAUUUAGCUAUUUCCUGAUCAAUAACAAUGGAGAUACUUGGAAUAACAGAAUCAGGUCUUGGAAACUCUACAUUCUCCACCCUUCUUAGUUUAAUAAGAUUAGCAAGGUCUGCAUCAAACUCAAGAUUUAAUUAUCUGAGGAAAUGACCUUCAACAGACAUGUGCAAAAAAAAGGGACAAACCUCUGGGCUGUCCUAAGUCAAGCUAAGUCAUCAUUCGUACAGAAGAGAUGCAGGAAAGUGAUGUAAAACUGUCUAUAUAAGGCAUGUCACUUCCUGUCUCUUCCUCUUUUCCUGGAGAGACGACUCUGGCUGACAGCAUGCUAGGCGGUCCAACAUCUUGGCGUGGUGGUCACUAUUGUCUGAGUUUGGUGGUGAGUUUUGCCCUGGAGCUGAUUUCAGGUUUGGGCAUCUUAGCUGAGCCCCUUUGGAGGUCAGGUUGAUUCUUUCCUCCUUCAUACUCCAAAACCUUAUCUCCUAAUCUCCCCGCUUGGUACCAGCCAGGCAGGGGGGAGAAAACCUACUCCUUUCCUUCUUCCUUCUCCUUAAUCUCCUCCACUAUCAAUUAAAACAACAUACAAUUUC